GAAUGGUAUAAUAAUAUUAGGAGUACCAAGAGACGUGGAGAGAAUAAAGAUAGUCUAGGUACAACUGCUAGUGGUGGCAAACUGGACAUCUAUACUAUUGUGGUGUUUGACAAUGUCAGCUCAUGAAGCAUGUAUGUUAAGCUCACUUAAUUAGCAUGCUUUGUGGGAAACCCUGACUUCAAGAGGGCUGGACUUGACCAUUAGUUUGGGUUCACAAUUACAAACCACUGGACAAGAUGGACCGUUGGUGUGGCAGAGUAGCAUUAGUGACAGGAGCCAGUUCUGGUAUUGGAGCAGGGAUUGCUUCAUCACUGGUAAAGAAUGGUAUGAUAGUAUUAGGAGUAGCAAGAGAUGUGGAGAGGAUAAAGAAAUUGUCAGAUAGUCUAGGUACAACUGCUAGUGGUUGUAAACUGGUUGGUAUGAAAUGUGAUGUUACUAAUGAAGAUGAUAUUAAGAGUGUAUUUAGUUAUGCUAAAGAUCAGUUUGGUGGCAUUGAUGUGUGUGUUAAUAAUGCCGGACUAGCUCAUAAUGGUCCUUUAUUAACUGGUGAUACUAAAAACUGGAGGAACAUGCUUGAUGUUAAUGUAUUAGGUCCUUGUAUUAUAACAAGAGAAUUCAUGAAUCAAGUGAAGGAGAGAGGAGUAGAUGAUGCUCAUAUCAUAUUCAUUAACAGUAUUAAUGGACAUUCUGUUUUACCGUCAUCUCCUUAUCACUUUUAUUCUGCGACUAAGCAUGCCAUUACUGCUAUUGCUGAAGGUGUUAGACAAGAACUGAGAGAAAUGAAGUCAAACUGUCGCUGCACAUCGAUCUCACCUGGUGUGGUUAAAACAGAGGUUUUUGGUAGAGCAUUCAAAGCUGAAGACAUGCAGAAAGCUGUUGAUGAUGUUGAUAAACUUAUAUCAAACGGUAUGCCUCUUUUACCUGAUGAUAUUGGUAAUACAGUUCUAUUUGUGCUCAGUGCUCCACCAAGAAUGGAGGUUAAUGAGAUUAUUGUGACAACAACUGGAAAACUGUUACUCUAGUCUUGCCAAGCCAAAAAGUGGUAGAGAGUCUGGCUACAAAAGAUUACUCCCAAACUAGUGAAACCAUAACUAUACAUAUAUCUAGUACAGCAGCUUUUGACAAUAAUGUUAGUGAAAACAAUACUGUAAAACUACAAA